CCUCAUUCACGCCACUAUUGCCCAUUUAUGAAAGCUCCGUCGUUCGUCCACUUUAGAAGCUUCUAGUACAUCAGUGGAGUUGGAGCCGGCUGCACCAUCCACCCAUUCUUCGAUGAUUUCCCGUGUGCAGAUCGGAAUGGCUCUUGAAAUCGACACCUUAUCAACAUCUCUGAUUCUUACAACAUUCUUGUGACUCGAGGUACGAGACCAUCACCAUGGACAAUUCCGGGGAUGCCAUUCGAAGUCGGUGGAGUCCUGAUGUUGGAUUUUCUCGUCGUGGACUCACUUCCUGCUGCCCAUCGAUCGAUGAGGAAUUUCAUGGCCGGGAUGGUCAGCUCUGGCCAGAUCUGCUGUCGAUCGGAUCGCAGUCGGGCGCGACUCGCCGGCCGAGAGGACCCUCGAGAAGUCUCGCUCAAAUCGACACAUCACCAUUACACAAAUUCAAUAAUCGAACUGCUCAUGGCUGUAGUCACUUAUUGGAAGAACUCAUCAGUGACCAACGCUUGGAGAAAACGCAGAUACCCAUUUUGCUCUUGAGAAAUCUUGAUCCACUGAUAGAUUCUGAGCAGUACCAUGUCAGAACUUCAUAGCUCCUUACUUGAGAUCCGCCAACGUUGCUACAAUUGAUGAUUGCUUCCAUACUCGUGGCGGGUUACUAAGUCUGUUACAUCACUAUCGUGCGUAGUGUGUCCCACGGCGGAAAAACUACUGUCUUCGACUUUGAAACAUAGAAUCUUACGUCAGGAACAUGUUUUAC